AAGAUGGCGGAGACGUUGGAGCGGGUUAGGAUCUCUGCCUCCGACCUACGGAACUUGCUGGCAGCCGGGGACAUCACGGUGACCAGAGUGCUAGCAUUCUCUGGUUCACUUCACAAUUGAAACAAAACGGUAAUAAAACAAGACUAGGAAAGAACAAGCAGAGAGAGCCCAUCAGGGAGAUGAAGGAACCCAGACAGAGAAAGGAUAACCGGCGUCCAGAUAUUGAGAUCUAUAAACCUGGUCUAUCCAGGUUGAGAAAUAAGUCUAAGCUUGAUGUUACUGGCAGCGGAGGUAACCAUAAUGAGGAAUAUCGACAAGAGAAAACAAAUGAUUGUGAUUCUUCAGUUAAUGGGAAAGCUACAAUCUCUGGAGAUCACAAUCAAGAGGAGGAAGACCCGGAGCUGUACGGACCAUUAUCUUGUACCCCAGAAACUCAAGAUCGAAAGAUUGUCAAAAGAGCCAAAAAACCGGACAGAUUAAUUUAUCAACCAGGAAGAAAACUGCAGGUACCUGUGAAAGAAUUGGGUGAAAUUGCAGAAGAUGAUAUAGUGAGAAAAACAGAGCAGCUGAAUAUAUUACAUGAAGAAGAUAUGGAGAAGCCAGUUUCACAUAACUCCACUGUACCAGAAGAAUUGUCCAAGACUACCAAGCAUGACAAGUGGAAGAGGUCGGAGAGAGACAGAAGCCACAAGCCUGCAGAAGAGAUGCUCUCCUCCAGACAAGGGAAGGAUGAGAGAAAGCCUUGCUCCACCAAACGUUAUUCCCAUUCAGACAAACGAAGAACUCGCACACGAAACUGCAGCACCAGUUCUGCAGGGAGCAACAACAGUAGUGAAGAGGCCCUUUUGGCAGAAGGAAACAAAAGGCGUCAAGAUAAAGGUAAGACCAAUGGAGAUCGGAAAGAGAAGGUGCGCACAAAGAAGCAGUUGUCUCUCUCUUCUACAGACUCUUUUGAAGAAGAUUGUAGUGAAUGGUUGGAUGGUUUGAUCUCAAACAGAAACCAGUGGAAAAAGAGACAGGGUUCCGUUGAAAAAGGCUGCCUACCUGGUGCAGAUGGCAUCAAGAGAACAAACGGCAAAGAUAAUCGUGAAGUGAGUUUCCAACGGGAAAAUGCAAACCAGCCAGUGAAGGAUGAGAAGAGGACAAGGAGACGAGGAGAGAGACUCAUUCACAAGCGCAGCACAGACAUUGGGAAGGAGGAAUUAAGAGAGAAGUCUACUGGACCAAGGGGCAGAGGCAGGGGGAUACUUAUCCUUCCCGCCAACACAGAUUUAUCAUCCAGCACAAAUGCAGCCCUGGAUUCAAGCAACACAAGACCCCUUUCUACUACUGGCAGCAAAGCUGUCCGCGGCCGUGGUGGGGCUAAUCGUCGUCUGUGGGAUCCAAAUAACCCUGAGCAGAAGCCAGCUCUGAAAAACCAGAGCCCUCAGCUUCAUUUUCUAGAUACUGAUGAUGAGUCUACACCACCUUCACAGAGUGACAACUACCAGUCUGUGCCUCAGACCUCUUACUACAAAUUCCAGAACUCUGACAAUCCAUAUUACUAUGCACGUCAGCCAUAUCCAUAUGGUGGGUUUUCUGUGCCAUAUUCUGUAAGUCCCAGCAACGGCAUUUAUCCUGGUACAUUCUAUCCUGCAUAUGCAGCUCAAUCUGGACAGAAUGGGUCGGGUUCCUUCUCCGGCAGCCCUGUAACUCCUGAGGAACUUGAGCAACAAGUGAGGACACUGCAGCGUCAAGAACUGAGUCGUCUUCUAAGAUUGGCGGAUAACCAGGAGCUACAGCUCAGCAAUCUCCUAUCCCGGGAUGCAAUCAGCGCAGACGGCAUGAGCAAAAUGGCUUUGCUAAGGUCAGAACUUCUUCAGCUGUAUGAACAUUGCCUGCUGACAGACAUUGAGUUCUGUGACCAGCACAACGUUGACCAGCUCUUGUGGAAAAAUGUCUUCUAUCAAGUUAUUGAAAAGAUCCGACACGUAUUAAAGGAGACAUCGGCUGAAAAUGAGGCCUUCUGCGGGAAGCUGCUGCAGGUGUUAGAUGAGGGUACUGCAUUUUUUGAUAAUUUGCUUCAGAAACUGCAGACAACAUAUCAGUUCAAGCUUGAAGAGUACAUGGAUGGAAUGGCAAUCCGCAGCAAACCUCUGCGGAAGACUGUGAAGUUUGCUUUGAUCAGUGCGCAGCGCUGUAUGAUUUGCCAGGGUGACAUUGCACGUUAUAGAGAGCAGGCCGCAGAUACGUGCAACUAUGGUAAAGCACGCAGUUGGUAUCUAAAGGCACAACACAUCGCUCCCAAGAAUGGUCGACCUUACAAUCAGCUGGCACUCCUGGCUAUAUACACGCGGAGGAAACUGGAUGCGGUUUAUUAUUAUAUGCGUAGUCUGGCCGCCAGCAACCCUAUCCUGACUGCCAAGGAGAGUCUCAUGAGUUUGUUUGAAGAAACCAAGCGUAAGGCUGAGCAACUAGAACAGAAGAAGCAGAAGGAUAUGGGAUUAAACCAUCAAGUCCCAGGCACCACUUUCCGUAACACUGCUGAAGAUACAAGAGUGGAAAAAUGGAUACACCCGACAAGGGGAGGCCAUCCAAGUAGUGACACUUGUGGGAACGACGGCCUGGAUAGUCUUAGCCCAAGUGAUCUGAACAAACGCUUCCUGCUCAGCUUCCUCCAUGCCCAAGGGAAGCUCUUCACCAGGAUUGGAAUGGAAACGUUCCAUGUGGUCGCAGAGAAGGUUCUAAAGGAGUUCCAUGCCCUGCUCCAGCACAGCCCGUCUCCCAUCGGCAACACGCGCAUGUUGCAGCUCAUGGCCAUUAAUAUGUUUGCUGUAAACAACUCUCAAUGCAAAGAUCGUCAUUCAGAGGGUUCCCGCUCUGCUGUACAGGACCAAGCCACAUUUCUGGGGCUUUCAAUGUUCUCUAUUCUGGUGACUAGGUGCAUCCAAUUGCUGAACACCUUAAAAAGUGAGCUGGGUAGUUCCAGAGGAAGAGCUGAUUUAGCAGAUGAUGAUGAAGAUGUAGAAGUCAAGGCUUCAAUUUUUCCAGUUGAUCUGAAGGAGCUUCUGCCUAGUGUCAAGGUGUGGUCAGACUGGAUGCUAGGCCAUCCCGAAACAUGGAACCCACCACCCAGUACGCUACUGACCUGCAAAGAGUCUACUCUAGAUGUGUGGGUUGUGUUGGCAGAGUUCUGUAACACUUUGACCUGCGUAAACCAGUCGGAAGUGCCUCUUUAUAAGGAUCCCGAUGAGGACCUUUCACUCCUGAUCCUGGAAGAAGAUAGGCUCCUUUCUGGUUUUGUGCCCCUUCUGGUUACUCCUCAGGAGCCGUGCUUUGUGGAGAAAAGCUCAGAUAAGAUUAUUGCUGCGGAUUGUAAGCGGGUCACAGUGCUGAAAUAUUUCCUGGAAGCACUGUGUGGACAAGAAGAGCCUCUGCUGGCAUUCAAGGGUGGAAAGUAUGUGUCAGUGGCACCCGUCCCAGACGCCAUAGGAAAGGAAACAGGAAGCCCGGAGGGAAACAAACUGGAAGAUCAGGAUGAUGUAGUAAUUGAAGAGUACGCUGAAGAUUCAGAGAGUGAAAGCAGCGGAGCAGAGCAUGACUUCCGGGAGCUACGGGCCAAGAAGCAAGCACUGGCAAGGAAGGUGGAGGAGCAGAAACGUCGGCAACAGAAGAUUCAGGCUGUCCUGGAUGGAAAGACCAGACCCCUGGAGCUGGAAAUCCAUCCCAUAUUUCUUGUUCCCGAUACAAAUGGGUUCAUCAACCAUCUACCAGGAUUGGAGCAACUGCUGUCGUGUCAGAUCUAUAUACUUGUCAUUCCGCUGAUAGUUAUCCAUGAGCUGGAUGGCCUUGCGAAGGGACAGGACUUUGACCAGCGCAGUGCUGGCCAUGCACGAUCACUCCAAGAGAAGGCCAGGAAAGCCAUCCAGUUUCUAGAACUGGGGUUCGAAGCCCGAGACCCCUUCCUGAGAGCCCUUACAAGCCGCGGCAAUGAGCUGGAAUCUAUCGCCUUCCGCAGUGAGGAUAUAUCUGGGCAGAAGGGCAACAACGAUGAUUUGAUACUGUCGUGCUGCCUGCACUACUGCAAGGACAACGCUAAGGAUUUCAUGCCAUCCAAUAAAGAUGAUCCAAUACGCCUGAGAAGAGAAGUUGUACUGCUGACUGAUGACCGUAACCUUAGAGUCAAGGCCCUGACCCGCCAUGUCCCUGUGCGAGACAUCCCUGCGUUUCUCAAGUGGGCCAAAGUGGGGUGAGGCAGCUAAGAAUCGGAAAGGAUGAAUCCUUGUGUGCAAGAAAAAAAGAAGAGUAUACAGUGUGUGAUCCGCCAGGGCUAGAGGUCGUUACAGUCAGUCAACUGCCCUAUGCCAAACCACACACACACGCAGGCACCCCAGACCCCAACCCACCAUCAGAAAUAAACUAGAGCAAAAGCAAAUGUCCCCUUCAUGGACCCUUACCAUAAGCCUGUUGUGACUUGUCUGUUAGUACAGGUGGAUGGCGGAAGGCGUGAAGAAGGGGUUUGUCAGUGUACGUUGGGUCUAAAUGAUCAGUGAGGGUGCAGAAUUUAGUACGGUGUCUGUCCAGAGCAGGAUUGUACUGGCAGAUUAUCUCUGCCAUGCCAGUGGCACAGCUCCCCUCGAUUUUGCCCUUUUUUCCUUGUGCUCUAGUGAUGCCUGCAUCACCUCCCUUUGCAGUGUUGUCACGGCCUCAUUGGUAGCAAGCAGUGGUUUCCUCACUUAGACUAUUCCUUCUGUUGUGUUCUUCUUUCUUUACUGACCACUGUGCUAUUUUAGUUUUUGGUUUUAUUCUCUAUUUUUAAAGUUUAACUCUUUUGGUUAAAUUUAAGUUUUUGCAGCCCAGGUUUUUUGAGGUCUAAUUUGUCUGAGAACAGAAUUUAUGGAAGACAUCAGCCAUCUUUUAUAGCCUACACUUCCCACCACUGUUCCCAUUUACAUUACCUGCUGAAACUCUGUUUCGUCUGGGUUUGGGUUUUUUUCCCCUGUUUUUGUUAUUUUUUUAUUUCUUCUUCCCAAUAAAAAUGUGAGAACAUCUUUUAGAUCAUGAAUCCUCCCCCACCAGUUCAAUUAUGACUUCUGGAAGCCAGCUUCACCCUUUUUGGUACAUAGGGAGGGUGCGUAGGUGUGACCACUAACAUUCAGAUGAGAAGCAUGAUCUUAUUCUAUGAAGUGUACAACAAUGCUCUUCCGUUGCUUGACCGCUCUACAGUGCUGCACACACCAGGUUACACAGAUGUUCUCGGCAGGUUUCCCUGGCAGUAAACACUCUCCGCUUUUUCUGUCAUUCCCAGCCAAGACCUGACAUCUGAAAAUCCAAAGUGUUCUGUAGGUUCUGAUGUCAUCCUUUUCCCUAAUACUUUAUAAAAUCAGUCUGUGGGGAUGGAGGCAGAAAUCAGCCACAUGGUCCUGGCUGUAUUCUUUUUAGCCUGGAUAGUUGCUCCAUUUAACUUUUUUUUUUUUUUUUUUUACACUACUUUUUUUUUUACACUAUUUUUUUUUUUACACUAUUAUUAAGAGGGGCCAGCCACACUGCUGCACAGUACCAUAGGCAAACCUUUUGUAGGACUAAUGGUUAACUUCUCCAGUGCAAGACCAUUAGAAACCUUAUUUUGAACGGUGUACCAUUGCCAGACUGGCUUUUGGGAAAGCCUCAUGGGUUCAAAUAAGGACUGAUGGGAAUAUGUGCUAGUGCACAGGAACUAGUAGCACACACAUAAGUAGCGGCGCUGUCCGGCAGAGCAGUGAAAAGAACAGUGCCUCCAGAUAAAUAAUAACCGUAGGUAGUUGUGGGGGUUUUUUCCAGGUUUUUUUUUUCUUGUGUAAAUAGUUUUAUUUUUAUUUUUUAUUUUUUAAAGGUGUUGGGAAAUUUAGUGGGGUACAUGUCGUCAUAGCCAAAGGAUCUCGUUGUAGGACAAGCAGCAUAUUCUAUUCAGAGGGAAUGAAACCUUCCUAAGGAAAUAAUACACUUUCCACGUAGGGUCUAUAAACAAUACCUGUGUAGGUGGCUUUUUUUUAAUGCAAUAGAUUCAGGCUGUUCCAUAACUGUGUGAUUAUGUGUUUAACCCCUUUCUUUUUUUUCUUUUUUCCAUUUAUUUUGGCGCCAACAGUCGUAAAAAGAUUACGGUGUUGGAUGUACUUACUAAAAAAUAGAACUUGUAUGACACACAGAUCCUGUGCCGAUAAUCCAGCAUCAUCAGCCAUUUUACCACCGUUAGUCUGUUUUGUCCAAAUGUCCUUUAAUACGCCUCAUUUCCAGAGUAGGAAUGAUUUGCUUCUGUGCGUAAAUAUUAUUUUAAAAUAGUAUUAUUUUACUGUUACUACGUGUUGCUUUUUGUUUGGGAAGGAAUAUUUGUUGUGUGUUAUUUUUAGAUGCUGUGAUGGUUGACGAAUUAAAAAAAAAACUCCUAAUAAACUUUCUUUUAAAUUAAAUAA